GUUAACGUUAACAAUCCGUUGUCCUCCGACCACCAUGUCGCUCGUUCGCCGGCUUGCUCUCCAGCAGAGCAGAGCCUUUGUCUCCUCGCGUGCAUCGCGCACACAGGGUUCGGCUAUCGCUCGUCAGGUCCUUACACGCUCGCUGGCAACGACGCCAUCUCGAAUGUACGCACAGCAUGCUUCCGGUCAUAAUCAUGCCCAUCCACCUGCUGCUACAACCUCAAAUGCCGACGUCAAUCCAUACAAGGGCCAGCAGAGUGCACUCGACAAGGCCGUGCACUUAUUUUUCUUCACCGAGAUUCUACGCGGAAUGUGGAUUGUCAUGGAGCAAUUUUUCCGCCCGCCGUACACUAUAAUGUAUCCUUUUGAGAAGGGCCCACUUUCACCUCGUUUCCGUGGAGAACAUGCGCUGAGGCGGUACCCGUCUGGUGAAGAGCGCUGUAUAGCGUGCAAGCUCUGCGAAGCAAUUUGCCCUGCGCAGGCUAUUACCAUUGAGAGCGAGGCGAGACAGGAUGGAUCGAGGAGAACGACGAAAUAUGAUAUUGAUAUGACAAAAUGCAUUUACUGUGGAUUCUGCCAGGAGGCAUGCCCUGUUGAUGCUAUUGUCGAAACACAACACCAUGAAUAUAGCACAGAGACUCGCGAGGAACUUCUUUACAACAAGGAAAAGCUACUUGCGAAUGGCGACCGUGCAGAGGCAGAAAUCGCCGCAAACUUGCACGCCGACCAUGUUUACCGGUAGACAUAACUUCAAAAGGCUCUUCGCCUCCAAGCAAUCGAGUAAUAUGUACAUGCUC